UACAACAGCUCCGCCACCAGCGCCUCAGGCAAAUCGAUCAUACAGCUACAACAGCACCGCCAUCAGCGCCUCAGGCGAAACGGUCAUACAGCUACAUCAGCACCACCAUCAGCGCCUCAGGUGAAAUGAUCAUACAGCUACAACAGCACCGCAAUCAGCGCCUCAGGUGGAAUGAUCAUACAGCUACAACAGCACUGCCAUCAGCGCCUCAGGUGGAACGAUCAUACAGCUUCAACAGCACCGCCACCACCGUCUCAGGCGAAACGAUCAUACAGCUUCAACAGCACCGUCAUCAGCGCCUCAGGUGGAACGAUCAUACAGCUACAACAGCACCGCCACCAGCGCCUCAGGUGAAAUGAUCAGCUACAACAGCUCCACCAGCAGUGCCUCAGGUGAAACAAUCAGCUACAACAGCACCGCCAGCAGUGCCCCAGGAGGAACGAUAAUUUGGUUACAACUGCACCGCCAGGUGAAAUUAUCAUACAGGAACUACAGCUCUGCCAGCAGUACCUCGGGUGAAUAUGGGAGCAAUUUUGAGUGGAUGUGAGAAUAGCCACAAUAUUUUGACCAUCAUACAUUGUUGUUAUUGUUUCUUAUGUUUCAUGAUGCAACAAAACUUUUGAUUCUGCAUUUUGACUUUGACUCUGCAAUAGGUAUAUCUAGGUUGUGAUUUAUUUCUGUUUUAGUUGUCUUCAGCCAUUUUGGUGUGUUAAACUUGAUUCAGUUUUGGACUUCCCAUUUUUAUGUUUAAAUGUACAUUGUGAUAAACAAGGUUCUGUUCCAUGGUGUUCAGCAAUUUUAUGGACAAAAAUAAUAAAACUAUUAAAAUAUCAAAUAAAUAAGUAUUGUGAUACUUGUUGACACAGUGACACUCUUGUCCCAUAAAUUAUCUCUAUACCACGAUACUAAAUUAAUAUGUUGUCCCACAGCGAAUUUUUCUCGCUUCACUGAAACACGCCCGCCCCCCUCCUCCCCCGAGAGAACGUCAGUAGAUUAUGACGUCACACGGUGUAAACUGUACACCCGCGCGCUCUGAAGUCUGAAGAUCACUUCAGUUCAGUGAGAUUCCGAGCAGAAGCGAAGACGUUCACCUGAGCAGAGACUCGAAGUCCAUCCAGACGGACAGUUGACUAAAAUUCAGCAAGUUUGACAUCGAUACAGUCAACACGCGUUUCUCCUGCGUUAGAGUCAGAGGAGCUCUACUUCAGCAGCUCAGUGUCAGCAGAAGUUCAGCUGAUGUUCAGCUGAUGUUGAGUGAGUCUCCACAGACAGCUGGAGGAAAAAGCUCUUCAGAACAACAGGCUUCUCCCACAGCAGCCGCUAUGGAGAACCGCCCAACAGAAAAAAAACCAAAAAGAGGAAGACAAAAUGCAUCCAUGCAUUCUUCCGGCGAAUUUGGAAGGCUUUAAAGCUUUGCACCCUACACUGCUACGGGGACGAUAUAUUGCCCCCAUUUCCAUCCGAUGAUCCAGCAGAUCUUCAGCCAGGUUUAUCUGGCCUUGAAUGGGCGUUAUCAAUCGAUCCAUGUCCAUCUGGUUUGGAGCUGACAGUUAACACCAAUCCGGCUGAUCCUGAUGGGUCAUUGGUCUCAGAACCAUCCAGUCUUGAGGUGAUAUCUGACAGUGAUCAGGCUGAUCCAGAGCCAUCACCUGUCCCAGGUCCAUCCAGCCUCGAUUUAAAGUUAACACUGGAUCCAGGUCUAUCCAAACUGGUUUCUGAGACAAUGAAUAUCCCAGGACUAUCUAGUCUUGAUGUAACACCUGUACCAAGUCUAACCAGUAUUGAGAUGAAACCGCACAUGGAUCUAACCGAGCCCAAGCCAUCAUCUGUCCCAGGUCCAUCUGGUUUUGAGGCAGCUGUUGGAAAACAUUCAACAAAGAGGAAGAAGAAAGGCAUCUGUGCAUUCUUCCGCCGAACAUGGAGGGUUGUUAAGUGUGCUGCUCUCUGUUGCCAAAGGGGCAACGAAGUGGCUCCAGAUCCAUUUGCCAAUGACCCAGUGGCUCAACAGGAAAAUUCAGAUCUCCAGCCAGAUUUAUUCAGCAUUGAAUGGCUGACACUUAAUGCUGAGCCAACAUAUCUGGAGCCAUCACCUGUCCCAGGCCCAUCCAAACUGAAUAAUGAGCCAAUGCCUGCCCCACAUCAGUCAGGUUAUGAGCCACCUGUUGAAAAACAAAGAAAAAUCAGGAUGAAGAAAGACAUCCGAGCAUUCUUUCAGCGAACAUGGAGGACUGUUAAGUUUCCCUCCUUGGCCCCAGAUUCAUGUCGAGUUGAGCCAGUAGCUCACUGGGAUCAAGUGGACCUCCAGCCAGGUCUAUCUGGUCCCUUGUGGUUGUCAAGGAAUGAUCCAGGUCCAUCUUGUUUCGAGGUGACCGUCACGGCCAACCAAAAUCCACCUGAUUCUAAGCCAGAUCCAUUCAGCCUCCAGUCACACUUAACACUUGACCCAGGCCCAGCUGGUCUUGUAGUUGAGUUGACAUCUGUCCCAGGACCAUCCAGUCAGGAGAUAAUGCCAGUCUAUGGGUCUGACAUGGGUCUGGAUGUUCCUGAGCUAAAACCCAUUCCAGGCUCCAGUCUCGUUCUGACAGCUGCUGUGGAUCUGAUUGAUCCCGAGCCGUCAUCUGCCUCUGGUUCAUGCAGCUGCAGGCGGACACCUGACACUGAUCUGGACAAUUCUAAACAAAAACAUGUCCCAGUCCUAUCUGGUUUUUGGCCAACUGCAGCAUCAUUUUCCUCCCGUUAUGAUAUGGGAGUGAAGUUGGGACAGGGAGCCUUUGGUUCUGUGUAUAAGGGGACUCACAGAUUUAGUGGCCAGAAGGUUGCUAUCAAAUGUAUACGUAAGAAGCCAUGGAACAGCUUUAUUAAUGUGCCUGGAUCUACAGAACCUCUGCUGUCAGAAGUGGUUAUAAAUGUGAUGGUGUGCGCACCUCCGAAAAGCCCCUACAUUGUACAAAUGAUCGAGUGGUUUGAUCAGACACAUCAGUUCGUCAUAGUUAUGGAAUAUCCACAUCCAUGUCAGACCUUGCUGGAAUUUACCAUGUGCCAUGGAUGUUGUCUGGAUGAAUCUGUGGCACGUGGUUUAAUGCGGCAAGCGGUGCUUGCAGCCAAACACUGCAUUGAACGGGGCAUCUUACACAAUGACAUCAAGACGGACAACAUGCUGGUCAACACAGAGACACUGCAGCUCAAACUUAUAGACUUCAGCUGUAGCAAACGUAUUAACAUGUCUUGCUCUGAAGAUCAUCAACAGGCGGUUGGAUCAACAGUCUGGUCUUUGGCUAUGUUACUUUUGGAGAUAGUAAGCGGAGACCAGCCCAUGAGUGUUUUUCUCUCCAAAGCACGUCAUCCUUUGAUACCAAAUUUCUCCAGUGGUGAGACAACAGCACACAACAAUAAUACAAACAUACCUUUUUGGCACAAUAUCAGAGUGUUCAAUUUCCCAGCUACUAAAAAUAAAAGGGAAAACUGAUAGACAGAAUACAUUAUAAUUGAUAUUUAAAGUACAGUAAGUGUAACACACAGGAGAUUGUCCCUGUUUAAAAUUGAAUACAGUACGAAAUACUAUGCUUUCCAGAAGCUUUUCAUACAUGACAACAUGCCUGUGCUAUGCUGUCAUUAAGAGCAUACAUGACUAACCAGCUUUUUCCUCUUUGAAAACUUGUACAGAGUUUCAAGAUCUGAUAGAGCAGUGUCUGGUCAGGCCUCAAACCAAGACGUUAGAGCAGAUUUUAGAACAUCAGUGGUUUAAGCUGGACUGAGG